GUCGUGUGUUCCACGUUGGCCCGGACGUGGCAGUCGUCAGUUCUGUUGUGUGGAAAUCCUUCUUUUAAACCGCAUCAGAGUAAAAAUAUUUCACUACAGCCUCACCUUAACCAGAGGAAACAUUGCAUCCGUAGGUCUGGACCUUGUCGGGCAGUUAUGGGGCUAACUAUCUCGUCCAUUUUCGGUCGGCUCUUCGGCAAGAAACAAAUGAGAAUUUUGAUGGUUGGGCUGGAUGCUGCAGGAAAAACAACAAUAUUGUACAAACUGAAGCUUGGAGAAAUUGUAACCACUAUUCCCACCAUCGGUUUCAAUGUGGAGACAGUGGAAUAUAAAAAUAUCAGUUUCACUGUUUGGGAUGUUGGCGGUCAGGACAAGAUCCGGCCUCUCUGGAGACAUUACUUUCAGAACACACAGGGACUCAUUUUUGUAGUGGACAGCAACGACAGAGAAAGAGUGGCUGAGUCUGCAGAAGAGCUAUCGAAAAUGCUGCUUGAAGACGAACUGAAAGACGCGGUUUUGCUGGUGUUUGCUAACAAGCAGGAUCUUCCUAACGCCUUAUCGGUCAGUGAACUGGCUGACAAACUUGGCCUGCAAGCUCUUCGCAACAAAACUUGGCACAUCGAGGCUACCUGCGCCACCCAGGGCACCGGCCUGUAUGAAGGACUGGACUGGCUCUCCAGAGAGUUGUCCAAGAAUUAAUCAACCACAACGUGAGCUGUGGAGAGAGACUGACCAACACAGGACAGAAAAGAAGGCACCUAUAACCAAUCCACGUCUGGCGUUUACUAAAAGAAUGAGGCUGAUGGACAGUAUAAUCAACUACGACAACCUUUACUAUCUUUUUUCUUUCUUAUGUUAUUGUGUCAUGAUUGAUCCUUGACACGCCUUGGUUUUUCUUAUUUUUGUUUUCAUGCAUUUAGUUAAAGGAUGUGAAGAUUUUUUUUUGCCCCUCUUGCUGUUGACCUCCUUAACCUUGUUUGACUCCCUCACAGCCCCUUCAAACCAUGAAGGCCUGAUGAGAGCAGUGAGGGUCAGUUAGUUUAACAUGGAGUUGGCUCAUUUAAAAAGAAGGGAACUGUGCCUUUUGCUCUUCUUUCACACAUGUCAAUAAUCUAUUCUUUAUUUCAUCAUAAAGUCAUUUUUUUGCCCACAUUUGUGUUUGUAUGCUUUUUACUUGGGGAAAAAAAAACAACUUGCAAUUUUCUUUAUGUGCAGAUCCGCAUCACUGUGAAAGUACAAGUGAGUUCAAACUGCAAGUAAUUCAUCGGUUUGGAUGUGAUCCAGCCUGAGUUUGUCCUCGCUUGUUUUGUUUUCCUUUUUAAUUGCGAUAAAAAGAUUGAAAAAUC